AUGGCAGUACUUGGAUGGAAAAAGAAAUUUAAUGACGGCAGCAAACCUAGCGAGCAACGUGUUACGUCACAAAAUGUUCCCGUCUUUGAUGAAAGACACUCUAAUAUUACAGAAUUUUUCUACGCUUUACCCAAAAUGGAAUCGCAUUAUUGUCGAGCGUCAACUUCGAGGAUUUACUUACUACCUGAAUGGCAGUGCAAAAAGGCCCUGUAUGAUUUCUACGUUUUAGACUGGUGCGCUUCACGCGACAAGUCUAUGGAAGAUAGUAACAUUCCACUUUUCCGGCCAAAAAAAAGACGACUGUGA